ACCCGGAGUCCUACCCGUCCUGCAGCUUCCAGCCGAAGCACCCGGUCUUCUCUUCCUCCUGGAGCCCGUUUAGCCCGCAUCACGGGGCCAGCGGCCUCCCAACCGUCUACCACCCGUACAUCCCAGCCCAGCACGUGCCCGCCGCGGACACACGCUACCUCCGCUCAUGGCUGGACUGCGCGCCGCGCGGCUCCGAGGCUGUCCCGGGGCAGGGCCAGGCGGGGCAGGUCAAGCUGGAGCCUCAGCUCGGACACCACGGUGGAGAGAUCCCGACUAAACUCAGCGGACAGAUCCAGCAGGAGACCACCACGUACAUCCUGGAGUCUGCGUCCACGGCCGCGCGCGAGCUAAAUCUCCAUCCGGCUGCCAUCCCGAGAGCAGGUUUCGAAGAAAAUAAGGACAUUUGUGAUGCGAGUGAGGACAAAGACGUCCCGGAUCAAACUGACCCUUCGGUAAACUGGCUACAUGCACGCUCCUCCCGGAAGAAGCGAUGCCCGUACACCAAAUACCAGACGCUCGAGCUGGAGAAGGAGUUCCUGUUCAACAUGUACCUCACGCGGGACCGGCGGCAUGAGGUGGCAAGAGCACUCAACCUGACAGAGCGGCAGGUGAAGAUCUGGUUUCAGAACCGGAGGAUGAAAAUGAAGAAACAGAGCAAGGACCAUCCCAAGGACUAGCGGGACUCUCAGUGGCGAUGACGCACGCAUACAACCAACAUAAAGUCCCAUAUUGCUUAUGUCUCUAACCGCAAACUCACACACACACACACACACACACCACACACACACACACACACACACACACACACACACACACACCCACCACACACACACACACACACACACUUGUGGAAGCUCGUAAACCAACACGUCCCUCACUCCCAGGUCGGCCUAUGUUGACGUUAAGUCCCCUGUGUCGGCUUUUUCCAACGCAAGGGGGGGGCCCUUAGCGUACAUUUUCAACUUUCCGGGAUGUCCAUAUAGGCUUCUAUAUAGCUCCCUAAACGUAUGUUGUAGACGACUUGAUGAUCGCGAGCGAAUGCUUCCUGAAGAUCCAUUCUCACAGCGUUUAUCAACCUUUUUCUUACUCAAUAUCAAGCCACACUUAUUGUUUUUACUUCUUUAUUUUAAUUGAAUAAUGUAGGACAUUUGUUGCCGUCAGUUAUGGGGAGA